CAAAGGUGGUCCUUAGAAGAGAGAAGAGAGGAGAGGGAGUGAGCACGUGUGGUGGGGGUAAAGGAUGGAUACUCUCUCUAUCCAAUAAAAAUCUUUCUAUUUCAUUUUUGUAAAGUUUGUAUGAAUAAUAUUCAUUUAUUCUUUUGUACUCAAUCAAAAUUAUACAUUUUUCAGUUUAAUCUUACUUUUUAAAAUUUCAAUCAAUGUCAAAUCAUGAAUGAUUUUAUGGAACUGAGGAAAUAGUUUCUUUUUCUUUUUAUGGUAUAUUCUUUUGAACAUCUUUCGAGUUGGACGUAUACGGGUUUGGUUUGGGUUUGGGUUUCCAUGGCCGCCAGUAAUCACCCUCCCCCAACGGUAAUUCCCGCCUCCACCUUUCUUCAUGCUAGCACUUUAAACCAUCACCAUCGCCCUCUCUCUGCCUUUCUCCGCCCGCAAAUCCCGCCGAUCUCAUUCCACUCUGUGUUAAAGCCGAAAAAGAAAUCCAAUCACGUAUCUAUCCAACAAACCCUUUUCCAUUCCGCCCCCCUGGUUAACUCGUCACUCUUACGACACUCUGAACCGCACACCAUUGAUUACGCUGAUCUGCUCAAGCUUUCCGUUCGUAAGGGUGAUGUUUAUAUAACUACAAUUGUACAUGCCGCGGUUCUUAAACUUGAAGAGGACACCCAAAUGUCCAAUGCUCUCAUAUUCGCUUAUCUGAAAUUGGGUCUUGUCAAUCAUGCUCACCACGUGUUUGGUUCUAUUCUCCACCCGGAUAUCAAAUCAUACUCAGCUUUGAUAUCGGGUUUCGCAAAAUUCAAUCGUGAAAGCCAAGCCAUGGAACUCUUCUUUGAGAUGAGGAGCUCAGGCAUUGAACCCAAUGAGUAUAGUUUUGUUGCACUGUUGACUGCUUGCAUUCGUUCACAUAAAUUGGAAUUGGGUCUUCAAGUUCACGCUUUAGUGAUGAAAAUGGGCUAUUUGGGUUGCAUUCAUGUUUUCAAUGCUCUUAUGGGACUGUAUAGUAAGUGUGGCAGUUUAGAUUUCGUCAUUGAAUUGUUUGAUAAUAGUUUGUCCAAACGUGACACUGUUUCUUGGAACACUGUGAUCUCGGGUUUGGUUAAGGAGUCUAUGUAUGACAGAACAUUUGAAAUGUUCAGUGAUAUGCAAAAAAACGACUCUGUAAGAGUUGACGAUAUCACUCUCUCAACUCUUCUCACUGCAUGCUAUGAGUGUUCCGCUGUGAGCAAAGGUCAAGAACUCCAUGCCCAUGCCCUUAGAAUCGGGUAUGAAGGCAACAUGAGUGUGAAUAAUGCACUUAUCAAAUUUUACACAAGGUGUGGAAACAUAAAUAAUGUGAUGGCUUUGUUUAAGAAGAUGCCUGUAAAAGAUGUCAUUACGUGGAACGAAAUGAUCACGGCAUAUAUGGGAUCAGGUCUUGUUGAUUCGGCUGAGAAACUCUUCAAUCAAUUGCCCGAGAAGAAUGUGGUUUUAUAUAACGCCCUUUUAGCUGGAUUUUGUCAAAACGGUGAAGGCUUGAAAGCAAUGGACUUGUUUUGUAGAAUGAUAGAAAAAUCCCUAGAGUUGUCCACUUUUACCUUAGCCAGCCUUGCAAAUGCAUGUGGGCUGAUAAUGGAAAGAGAGUCAAGUGAACAGAUCCAUGGUUUUAUUCUAAAAUCUGGCCUUGGGUCAAACAAUCUUCAUGUCCAGUCAGCAUUGCUUGACAUGUGUAUCCGUUGUGAGAGAAUGGAAGAUGCUGAGAAGAUAUUUUGUAGAAUGCCAAUGGAGCACGACAGAUUGAUCGAUCUCACAUCAAUGAUUUGUGGAUAUGCUCAGAACGGGAAAGCAGAAGAAGCCAUUUCACUUUUUUGUGAAAUGAUGUUUAAUAAAGGGUUAUCACUAGUUAUUGAUGAGGUCGCGUCUGCUACUGUUCUUGGUGUUUGUGGAACUCUAGGGUUGCACAACUUGGGUAAGAAUCUCCAUUGUUAUUCUAUGAAAAGUGGGUUUCUGUGUGACGUAACUGUCGGGAAUGCCAUAAUCAGCAUGUAUGCCAAAUGUGGUGAAUUGGGGGAUGCAGUCAAGGGAUUUCAGCUUAUGUCGACUCGGAAUUUAGUCUCGUGGAAUAGCUUGUUAGCUGGGUAUGCCCUUCAUAGGCGGGGAGAUGAAGCUUUGGACACAUGGGCACAAAUGGAAACAUUAGGAAUAGCUCCAGACUCCUUUACCUGUCUCCUUGUUCUUCGUGCUUAUAGAUACACUGCAAGAAAUUUAGUUAAUACCUGCCAAAGCUUCUUUUUCUCAAUCGAGUCUGCCUAUGGUGUGAUCCCGGGAUCAGAUCAUUAUGCAUGUUUGGUAAGCGUAUUAGGUCAUUGGGGUGCUCUGGACGAAGCAGAGGGAAUUAUCGAAAGGAUGCCUUUUGAGCCAGACGCUUCUGUUUGGCGUGCCUUGCUUGAUAGUUGCAGAAUACAUUCGAAUCCAACAAUUGGAAAAAGGGUCAUGAAGAAGUUUCUUUGCAUUGAGCCACAAGAUCCAUCUACGUUCAUACUGAAAUCAAAUCUAUAUUCAGCUUCUGGAAGAUGGAAAUGCUCGGAAACUGUGAGGGAAGAAAUGAAGGGGAAGGGGUUCCAGAAGAUUCCGGGCCGGAGCUGGAUCAACCAUGAUAAUAGACUUCACUCCUUUUUAGCCAGGGACAAAUCACACUCACAGUCUAAAGACAUAUACAGUGGACUGGAGAUAUUGUUGUUGGAAUGUAUGAAAGCAGGAUAUGUUCCUGAUACCAGCUAUGUGCUCCAUGAAGUGGAAGAGUAUCAGAAGAAAAAUUUCUUGUUGUAUCACAGUUCCAAGCUGGCUGUCACUUAUGGCCUUCUAAUGAUGAAACCUGGUACACCUGUCCUUGUCAUGAAGAACAUCCUUCUCUGUGGGGACUGUCAUACAUUCUUCAAGUUUGCUUCCACUGUCACUAGGAGAGAGAUUCGUGUAAGAGACAAUUCAGGUUUUCACCUCUUCCUGAACGGCAACUGCUCUUGUGGUGAUCGCUGGUAAAGUAAUUAAUUAGUUCAUGAAUGUCAUAAUUCUUGAUUUAAGAAUGUGUCUAAUUGUUUGUUUUGUACAGAGAAUUCCAACAUAUUAAUUACAAUACCAACAUGUACUAAGUAUUUCGUCCUAUCCAAACUUAUCCUCGACUCCACCAUUUUCAAAGAAUAAAAAAAAAUCUGAUCAACUUUCCUUUCGAAGUAAUUUUGUCUGGUGGAUGCUAGAAUACACAGAAUCCAUGUGGGGAUCUUUUUUUAGCGUUUAUAUCAACCGGGUAGUUCAACCUUAAGAGUCAGAAGCACGAUGAAGAAAAAAUGGUCAUGUAGUAUAGAACUUGUCCCAACUUAAUUAUGUUAAACAUUUUCUAAUUUAGUUCUACAGCAGGGGAAAAAAAACUAAAAAUCGCUGUUUGAGGCACUUCCUUAGUGUUUGCCUUUCUCUGUGGAUUCCAACUGUGGUUUUGUCGAUUGUUUUUCUCAAAUCACGGAUACCAGUUUCUCUAAAAUAGUACUCCAUAUAUUUGAUCUAUAAAUGUUUAGAGGCACUUCCUCCGGCCACUACAUUAUCAGCCACAUAUAUGUUUCUCAAAAGUCAUCUCAUUCUGUUUA